UACAAACCUUCGGAGGAAGAACUGGCAAGCAUCAUGAAGAAAUCUCCAGACGAUAUGACAGCCAUGGAGAAAGAGAUAUGGAAAGAAGAAGUGCUCAGAAGUGUAGCUGAGACAAGGAAAUAAAUGUCAAGAAACAUUAGAAAAUUCUGAGAAAACAAGAGCAAAGCUAAGAGAGACAGAAAAGGCAAGCGAUGAGUUUGAGAAAAAAUGGCAAGAUUUUCAGGAUAAAUUUUCUGAAACUCUCAGCGCUUUAGCCACUAAUAUUGGAUCAAGUAUCGGAAAAUCAGUUGGAGGGGUAUUUAAGAAACCAGAAUAUGAACCAAAGAAGAUGUCUCCUGAAGAUGCCAGUGAACUGCUCAAAGACAAACGCAAUAUUGUCAUUCUUACUGGUGCUGGUCUCUCUGCUGCCAGCGGUAUCCCCACUUUCAGAGGCAAUGACGGACUCUGGACCAAGAAAUACAAAUACUGUGAGACCCCUGAAGAACUCGCCACUCUGAAGUUCUUCAAAGUACAUCCUGAAGUGAAGUGGCAGUGGACCCACGAUUUCUACGAUUUGUGCAAGAAUGCUGAGCCCAACGCUGGUCACAAAGCCAUUGUUCAGUUCCAAGAACACUGCAAGCUCAAUGGAAAGCAAUGCCACUUGGUCACUCAGAACAUUGACGACCUGCAUGCCAGGCUGAUUCAAGAGUCAAAGAUCUUAAAGCCUACAGUGACAAGCGAAGGAGAACCUGGGUUCGGAUUCACAGACUCUGUGUACGAAAUCCAUGGCAACCUGAGUUACUCGAGGUGUUUCCAAGAGUGCUCAAAAGCAUUAAAGCCAGUGCAGGUUCCUGACAAAGAGCUGAGUCUGGAAGACCAGAUACCAAAAUGUGAAGAAUGCAAGAGCAUAAUGAGGCCUCAUGUGUUGUGGUUUGAUGAAUGAUACACUCAAGAGCUUCAUCAAGCAGAAACUGUACAAAACAUCAUAACAGCCGAUGUCGAUGCAUUAAUUAUUGUGGGAACAGCAUUAGCUACAAAUAUGGCAAGUAGACUAGUCUCCAACUGCUUGCUGAAAAAUAUCCUGACAAUAGAUAUCAACAUUGACCCUGCUUGUGAUUAUGGUGCUGUAGUCGAAGUCGAAGGAAAAUCUGAAGAAACAUUACCAAAGCUAUUUUCUUCAUUCAAGCCUAAAAUUUUGAAGUGUGAAAGUAAUGGUAAGGAAGUAGAUAAAAACAUUUGUUCAAAAGCAUUAAAAAAGAACCCAAAAGUGUACCCAACAAAACUUAGAAAAAUAGCAAUAGCUGCCAAGGCAGGAAAAACUAAAUCAGGAAAGAAUAAGAAAGUAACAUCUAAAGCGUAA